UAAUUUACUUCUCCCCACAUUCACUCAUCUUUCUCUCAAUUUCCACUGCAGAGAGAGACUACAGCAACAUGGACUCCAACAACACUUCCUACACUCCCUUGCCGGGAGAAGACCCCUCCGCAGCCGUCCCUCCGCCGACUCAUCGCAGACCCCUUAAGGUUUUUGCCGUCACAUUCUCCUCGGUCAUAUUCCUCUUGUCAUUGGUCACGUUAAUAAUCCACCAAGGACCGGGAGCGCCACCAAAGACAGUGCCAGAACAACCAGAUCACGACCACCGCCACCAGCAGCCGGCAGCUUCAACUAGUCCAGAACCGAGGUCGUUCUCAGUGCCUAGGGGAAAACUAGAAGGCGUAUCGGCCAAAUCGAGUCCAUAUUUUUCAGAGGAAGCUUCGUAUAACUGGACGAAUGCUAUGUUUUCUUGGCAACGAACUGCCUUCCAUUUCCAACCAGAACACAAUUGGAUGAAUGAUCCUGAUGGUCCAUUGUUUUACAAGGGAUGGUAUCACCUAUUCUACCAGUACAAUCCGGACUCAGCUGUGUGGGGAAACAUCACAUGGGGCCAUGCAGUAUCAACGGACAUGAUUCAUUGGCUCUACCUCCCGCUCGCCAUGGUCCCCGAUCGAUGGUACGAUGCGAACGGGGUGUGGACCGGGUCCGCCACCAUACUCCCUAAUGGCGAAAUCAUGAUUCUGUACACCGGAAGCACCAACGAUUCCGUGCAAGUACAGAAUCUCGCCUACCCCGCCAACCUAUCGGAUCCCCUCCUUCUUGAUUGGAUCAAGUACAAGGGUAAUCCGGUUUUGACUCCGCCAUCAGGAAUCGGAUCCACGGAUUUUCGUGACCCCACAACCGCGUGGAUCGGUCCCGAUGGCAAAUGGCGCAUUACCAUUGGAUCAAAAAUCAACACAACCGGCAUUUCAAUGGUGUACACCACAACCGAUUUUAUAAACUAUGAGCUCCAUGAUGGGGUCUUGCAUGAGGUCCCGGGUACGGGUAUGUGGGAGUGCGUGGACUUUUACCCGGUUUCUAUAAACGGGACCAAGGGUGUGGAAACGUCCGUAAACAACGACGGAGUUAAGCACGUGCUGAAGGCUAGUUUGGAUGACACAAAAUUGGAUCACUACGCAAUUGGGACUUACUUUAUAGAGAAUGAGACAUGGGUGCCCGAUGACCCGACUAUCGACGUCGGUAUCGGGUUGAGGUACGACUAUGGAAGGUACUAUGCAUCAAAGACAUUUUACGAUCAAAAUAAGGAGAGAAGGAUCUUGUGGGGUUGGAUUAAUGAAACGGAUACUGCAACUGAUGAUUUGGAGAAGGGCUGGUCCUCGCUUCAGACCAUUCCAAGGACUGUGUUGUUCGAUAGCAAAACUGGAACCAAUUUGCUUCAAUGGCCAGUGGAGGAGAUUGAAGACUUGAGAUUAAACAGUACCGAGUUUACUGAUGUUUUGGUUGAAGCUGGAACAACUGUGCCACUUGAUAUUGGAACGGCUACACAAUUGGACAUACUCGUCGACUUUGAAAUUGAAUUAUUGGGUACAGAGGAGAGUGUGAAUGGGAGUUCAGGGUGUGGCGAUGGUGCUGCAGAUAGGAGCACAUUCGGACCCUUUGGCAUUUUGGCUCUUGCAGAUGAAACUCUUUCCGAGUUCACCCCAGUUUAUUUCCGAGUUACCAACUCGACCGAUGGGGACGUCACAACUUACUUCUGCGCCGAUGAAUUGAGGUCCUCCAGGGCUCCUGAAGUCUUCAAACAAGUUUAUGGAGGCGAAGUUCCUGUGUUGGAUGGUGAAACAUAUUCUGCUAGAGUAUUGGUUGAUCAUUCGAUCCUGGAAAGCUACGCGCAAGGGGGCAGGACGGUAAUUUCAUCGCGGGUUUACCCAACAGAAGCAAUCUAUGGAGCAGCAAGGCUGUUCUUGUUCAACAAUGCAACAGGAAUGAAUGUCAAGGCUACCCUCAAGAUCUGGCAGCUCAACUCAGCCUUCAUUCAUCCAUUCCCAUUAGACCAGGUUUAAUCAGUGACAUUACGUCAAUUCUUGCAACACGAGCAAAAGCAUCUCCUGCAUCAGCAGCUGCCAGUCAUCACUUGGCUGCCAAGGAUUCACAAACUUUCUGGCAAGCAAAAUGUCAAAAAUGUGCAUCGAUGGUGGUGCUAUUACUCUUUUCAGUUUGUAGCUAAGGCUUGACCUCGAGCGAUAUCUAUCGAUUUAGUUUCCAAGAAAACUAAUUAAUAGAGUAAAAAUUUUGCCCAUUGCUCUCUGCA